UAUGAAUAUACAAAACACACAGUGCUUGCUUCUGCAAAAUUUGAUUAUCAAAUAUGUUGAGGAGGUGGAAUCAGCAGGUCUGAGAACUGCUCUCACAAUCAUCUUGUUUGCCACAACUUCAACACACGUAAGUAACGCCGAGCUGAAUCGCUUUUGUCAUAACUGAUGGACGCUUAAUAACCUCAUAUAACCUCGUAUUUUAUAUUAUACUUUGCUACAUUUCUUUUGCACUGAAAUGGUGUUUGCUUCAAUUUCAUUGUCCAUGAAGAUGGUGACAAAUGCUUAUCUUUAAUUAAAAAAAAAAAAAAAAUGCUGCAACAGCAACUUUCAACCUUCAGUGCAGCUGUUGAUUCAAUUUUUAACAUUUUAUUGGUUUUCAUGAUAAUUAAGCAUGCUUUAAAAAUCUUGGUCCUUCAUAGCCUUUAAUCUUUUUAUUGUAUCUCCAGAAAAUAUUAAAUGAAGCUCCAUAUCUCUGUCAAUGUUGAAGGGAUCAAAAAGGCUUAUUUUUAAUGUCUGAGUAUAAAACAAACCAAAAAAAUGAACUAAGUUUCUCUUCAGCUUUUUCUGUGAAACCUGAACUUUGCAGCUCGUCGACUUUCUCAAUUCUACGGUUGUUUGGCUUCAGUGUUCCUUCAUCCAGCACAGUUGAAGCUCAGACUGGUCAACAGUUUGACAGAGCCAACAUGCAAAGGAGUCUGAUUCUUCUCAUUCUGAUGGCUCAGUCUUGGUCCAUCACAGGUCAGCUCUAUGAGUAUAAAUACGUGACAACACCAAAGAAGUGGGAGGAAGCUCGGCUGCACUGCAUCCAACAUCACACUGACCUGGCCACAGUGACUAACAUGACCGACAUGAUGAGGCUCAGGAAGGCAGCAAACGACGUUCCACAAACGGGAGCGUGGAUCGGCCUGCAGCAACCUGAAAAAUCAACCAGGAAGUGGCACUGGUCUCUGCCUGGACUGGAGUUCAGUGAAACUAACUGGGGUUCUGGUGAAUCCAGCACUAAAAAUGAGUACUGUGGGGGUAUAAAGGACAACCUCGAAUGGGUGGAUCAUAGUUGUGGCACACCCAAACCUUUCAUCUGCUAUAAUGAAAGUGACACAUCUAAGAGAUUUUACUUCAUUGAAGACAAAAAGACCUGGUUUGAAGCUCAGAGGUUCUGCAGGAGCAAUCACACUGACCUGGUCAGUGGACUGCAGCAGCUCCGAGAUAAAGAACUGAGAGGAAUCGUCGAGUCUCAAGACUUCCAACCUUUUCAAUUUGUUUUCAUCGGUUUGUUCAGUGAUGCCUGGGAGUGGUCCGAUGGCAGUAGUUUCUCUUUCAGACACUGGGAUAUGGAUAAAAGUGGUGGUGGUAAUAAAUAUGCCAUGUUAACUCAGACAGGAAUGGAAAGAACUCCAGCUUCUGGGAAAAAACCGUUCUUCUGUUAUGAAGAUCAUGUGAUCCUGAUCAAUAAGAACAGGACCUGGGAGGAGGCCUUAUACUACUGCAGACAUCACCACCAUGACCUGGUCACCAUCACUAACCUGGAUGAACAGAGAUGGGUUCAGGAGAAAACCAAGAAUGCUACAACUCCUUAUGUGUGGACUGGACUGCGCUACACCUGCACUCUGGGGUUCUGGUUCUGGGUCAGUGAUGAGGUGGUCCGCUACAAGAACUGGGCCUCACCUGAUCAGGUGAAUGAGUGUGACAUGUCAGGAGCCAUGGAGACAGGAGGAGAACACAAGUGGGUCAAGAUAAAUGAUGAGGAGAAGUUCAACUUUUUCUGUUCCACAACUUAA